AUGCAUGCAGAGACGGGAGCGUUUGGGGCUGUAUUGGCGGUGCUGCAGUUUGUCGAUAUAUCUCUUCCUAUAGAAGCAAUCAACAGAGUUGCUGCUGCUGCUGAUGAAACACAACAGCAGCAGCAGCAGCAGCAGCAGCAGCAGCAGCAGCAGAUGCAGCAGCAGCAGCAGCAGCAGCAGGAGGAAGAUACGGCAUUUGUUCAUGCAGCAACUCAACAGCAACAACAGCAGCAGCAGCAGCACCACCACCACCAGCACCACCGCCACCAGCACCAGCAGCAGCAGCAGCAGCAGCAGCAGCAGCAGCAGCAGCAGCAGCAGCAGGAGGAUAUAUUAUUAUCCUAUCCAUCAAGCAUAAAGGGUUUACAAUGGCAUGCAUUGGGCUCACCCUAUCUCUCUUUGUCUCCUCCUUUGCUGCUGCUGCUGCAGCAGUUCUAUCGGGGUCUCCCCGUUGUUGCUGCUGGCCGUAUUGGUUGUGUUAUUAAAACAAAAGCAGAUUACCUUAUUCAUCUAGACUCUCAUCAUGAAUUUGUAUUAGAAGAAGGUAUGGGGGGUGUUCGUCCUGAGCCUCGUCGGGGUCACCCAAUGAGUUGGGUUGGGGGUUUGUAUCCUUCUCUGCCUGUCUAUCUAACAGGAGAAUAUAUAACACAGCUGCAGCAGCAGCUGCAGCAGCAGCAGCAGCAGCAGCAGCAGCAGCAGCAGCAGCUGCAGCAGCAGAGGGAAACGAUGGUUGAUACUGCAGGAUUAAGGAGAGGAUAUGUAAAAUCUUUUUGUAUAAGAAACGUAAAGGUAGCCUGGUUGCUGCAGGGGCCCCCCAGCAGCAGGGGGGGGCCCCCCAGCCUGCUGCAGCACAGCACGCAUGCAGCAGCAGAGCUGCUGCCGCUGCAUCAGCAUGUAUUGAGACUAGGUCAGCCUGUUUAUGUUGACGUCAGGAGAGCGCAGCUGCUGCUGCAGCAGCAGCAGCAGCAGCAGCAGCAACAGCAGCAGCAGCAGCAGCAGCAGCAGCAGCAGGAGCAGCAGGAGGACGCUGCGGGCGCCGUUUUUUCUGGUUUUUCUUCCUCAGCAACACCACCACCACCACAACCACCACCACCUGCAGCAGCAGCAGCAGCAGCAGCAGCAGCAGCAGCAGCAGCAGCACCACAUUAUACAGUUGGUGUUGUCGAUAAACUAGUAACAAAAUGUACUAUUCUGUGGGAGACAGGAGACGUAGAAGCAAACGUCAGCAGCAAGCUGCUGCUGCCGCUGUCUUUAGAUAGAACCCCCUUUGAGCCUUCCUGCUGCAGUCUGUCUCCUUUGCUGCUGCCGCAUAUGGUUGUACAAAGAAAAAUACCACAACAGCAGCAGCAGCAGCAGCAGCAGCAGCAGCAGCAGCAGCAGCAGCAGCAGCAGGAGCAGCAGCAGCAGCAGCAGCAGCAGUUGAGGGGUAUUCCUUUCUAUGCUGGAAUUAGUUAUGGGGGGCUGACGGUAGACGGAGGCACUGCAGCAGAAGGCGUGCUGCUGCAGCAGCAGCAGCGAGAAGCAGCAGCUCAGGUGUAUAGGCAGCUCUUGGUUGCUGUUGGUGGUUCUUUACAAAAACUAAGAAAUAGAAGAAACAGAAACAACAACAGCAGCAGCAGCAGCAGCAGCAGCAGCAGCAGCAGCAACAACGAUCAUGCGUUGCUGCUGCAGGCAGCAGCAGAGCAUCGCCGUAAUGUUUCGCUGCUGCAGCAGCAGCACUACCAUCAGCAGCAGCAGCAGCAGCAGCAGCAGCAGCAGCAGCAGCAACAGCAGCAGCAACAGCAGCAGCAGCAGCAACAACAGCAGCAACAGGAGUACAACACGCUUUUGAGCAGUUUCAACAGCAACAGCAGCAGCAGGAGCAACGGCAGCAGCAACGGCAACGGCAACAGCAGACAACAACAACAACAACAGCAGCAGCAGCAGCAGCAGCAGCAGCAGCAGCAGCAGCAGCAGCAGCAAUACACCCCUGUCUCUAUUUUUUCUAGAUAUGGGGCUUACCAAGCAGCAAAAGCAUCAAUGCCGCUGCUGCUGCGCUUUAUGAUAGAAACAGCAGCAGCAACACAUCUGCUGCAGCAGCCUUCUAGGCGUUCACCUGUUCUUCUUAGGGGUCGGGGACCUGCAGCAGCAGCUGCUGCUGCUGCUGCUGCUGCUGCAGCACCAGCAGCAGCAGCACCAGCAGCAGGAGCAGCAGCAGGAGAAGCAGCAGCAGCAGGAGGAGCAGCUCCAGCAGCAGGAGAAGCAGCAGGAGCAGCAGGAGGAACAGCAGCAGGAGCAGCAGCAGCAGCAGCAGCAGCAGCAGUAGCACCAAUAGAUGCUAGCAGCCAUACACUGAGAGAAGCAGCAGAAGAAUUAGUUCGUUUUAUUUUUAGUUUUAAUGGAGAAGUUGAUUUGUUUACUGUCUCUUCUUUUUUAUAUUUAGUUUUUUCUUUUGGGCGAUGGGCAGAAGGAGACAAAGAGGAGACAGAAACAGAGACAGAAACAGAGACAGAAACAGAGACAGAAACAGAAACAGAGACAGAGAUAGAAAGAGAAAGAGAAAAAAAAGAAGAGACAGAUAUAGAUAAAGAUAAAGAUAAAGAGGAGACAGAAAAAAAAGAAGAAACAGAAAAAGAAAAAGAAAAAGAAGAGACAGAGGAGGAGACAGAGGAGGAGACAGAUGAGGAGACAGAAGAGGAGACAGAUGAGGAGACAGAAAAGGAGACAGCUUUAUAUAAAUUAUUUUCUCUCUUUGAUUCAGCAGGAGAACAGUAUACAACACCCCCACCAAUAAAACAGCUGAUGAUGAGCUUUGGUGUUACGACGGUACCCGCGGGAAGAUGUCAGCCCCCUGAGAGCCCUGAUGCUGCUGGCUUAUACAGAGAUGCAGCAGGCCGUCUAUACGAUGAAGAGUUAAAAUCUUUAGUAGAAAUAAAGUGGGAGCCUUUUGGUGCUUUCUCUAUACACCCGAGCCAUCUCUUCUUUCCUGGUGACUUCGCUCUCUUACACCCCAACGCCCUACAUAAACUGUACCCUCAAACAGGGGGGCCCCCACCACCAGGGGGGCCCCCCACCAGUACCCACACAGCUGCAACCGAGGGGGCCCCCAAUACCAGCCAGGGACAGGAGGGGGGGGCCCCCACCAGCCAGGGACAGGAGGGGGGGGCCCCCACCAGCCAGGGGGGGGCCCCCACCAGCCAGGGGGGGGCCCCCACCAGCCAGGGGGGGGCCCCCACCAGCCAGGGCCAGGGGGGGGCCCCCAGCAGCCAGGGCCAGGGGGGGCCCCCCAGCAGCCAAGGCCAGGGGGGGGCCCCCACCAGCCAGGGGGGGGCCCCCAGCAUCCAGGGCCAGGCGGGGGGGGCCCCCAGCAGCCAGGGGGGGUACCCCAGCAGCCAGGGGGGGGCCCCCGCUUGGGGGGCCCCCAUAAGUGAUGUGGGGCCCCGAGAAGAGGAUGGGCGGAUCUUUGUUGAGGUUAUUGCCGUAAGAAUUUAUAAAAAUAAAUACAUAUAUAAAUAA